AUGAGAAGAAUAAUCAACAAAAUAGCAGCCGUGAGAAAAUUGAUCAGGAAAACCAAUUUAAACCAGAGCGGCACACCAACAAUACCCGAGAAAUUGCCACCCGCGCGUGAACUAUUACACAUCGGCGGAAUAAACUACUGCAUGACACCUGAGCCACGUCGGUGGAGGAAAGAAAAAUCAGAAAGAGAAAAAAAAUCAAAUUCAAUAGAUAACCCCGAUUUGAAAAAUUAUAUAGAAGCAGAAGUGCUGAUCGACUAUGAAAAGCUUCUAAUCGACGUAUUUAUAUCAACAGACCUUGAACUCUGCGUAUCUGCGAGACGAAGGGAGUCUGAAGCAGGCACUACCGCACUGGUUGCAGUAAUUGAAGGAUCGCAAUUGAUUGUGGCAAAUGUCGGUGACUCUCGUGGAGUCAUGUGCGACUCCGAGGGGAACCCAGUACCACUGUCGUUUGACCAAAAACCUGACAGGGAGGACGAAUGCAAGAGACUCGUGCGAGCCGGUGGGAGGGUGGGAUACAAUCGCGGUGGCUGCGCUCGGUUGGACGCCUACAUAGCCAUGUCGCGAUCGCUCGGUGAUCAGAAAACCAAGCUCGACCACCGUUUAAUCCCGACUCCUGAGGUUUACAUCUUCGAUCUUGCCGAUCAUAAGCCCGAGUUCAUAGUUCUGGCCACCGACGGACUUUACGACGAACUGAGUAGCGAAGAGGUCGUUUCCUUCAUUCGAGCACGACUCGACGAGCCGAAUUUCGGGGCCAAAAGUUUGGUCCGUUACGCUUUCCUGACCAAAGCCAAAGAUAAUAUUACGGUCAUGGUGAUCAACCUCAAAGGUUACGACUGGCCGAGCAAUCCUAGGACGGCGUUGAAAAAUAAAACUUGGAAGAGUCGAAUACUAGCUCUUAAACGCCCUCUCGGUGGAAUCGGUGACCGGGUUAACCCUUAG